GCUUGCCAGCGUAUAAAAACUACACUCGGUCGAUGGAUCAGCAACAGUUGAUCGCCAGCGUCCAUCCGGUGCAUACACAGCUACAGGAAUUCCAAUCCUCUCAAGCAACACACCGAGCUUACCCAAAAGUUCCCGCAAUGAACUCCGUAACCGUACUCGCCAUCUUCGCCGCCUCCUUGGCCUUCUGUGCCGGCGAUGUGUCGCAUUUGUCGCGCAGCUAUCUGCCUCCUUUGAGCGGCGGCUACUCCGGCUACUCCUCCGGUUACUCCUCGUAUCCAUCGUACUCGAGCGGAUCUGGUUAUUACUCGGGUGGCGGCAGCUACGCCUCGCCAAUCAUCUCGUCCAGCUACAAGAACUACGCGGUGCCGCAGUACACAACCUAUGCCACGCCAUCGCGCACCUAUUUGCCCGCGAAUGCGGGCUACACCGGCUACUCCGGCUACUCGGGCUACUCCGGCUACAAUGGAUUGGACACCAAGUACGGCAGCAAUGGUGGCUACGUCUACUAGGCGCUAAUCAAGUUUUCGGGAGGCCAGCAACAAUGGAGCCAGCAGACAAACUAUAUAUUCCUCUAAUCUUUUUUUUUUUUCUUGGCUAAGCAAUUUUCUUUAAUGGCUACUAAAUAUUUUCGAAUACUUAAUAACG